CAGAACUUCCGUCACGUUUGUCUGCAGGCUGCAGCUGGACCCUUCUCGCAGGUCUGGCUGCCAGAGAUAAGAGGAGCGUGCGCUUGUGUCUGUGUGACGGCAAGAGUCAGAUUCCGCCCACGUUCCGCUGUCAGUUCAACGCGGAAGCUGUUGUUGCGGUAGUCCUGCAGGCUGGUCUGACCGGGGAUGUACCGUCUCACUCCUUCACGGUGAUUAAAGAUGGAAACCCUGUCCGGUCAGGCGGCCGGUGCGGAGCCGGAGGUGGCCCCGGUCCCGGUGGAGGUGGACGCUGCGGUGUUCCUGCUGGGAGCGGGAGUCACGGCCAUCACGCACCCGCUGCUGUACGUGAAGCUGCUCAUACAGGUGGGACAUGAACCUCUUCCCCCGACUGUGGGCACGACCAUGUUCGGACGGAGAGUCCUGUACCUGCCGGGCUUCUUCUCUUACGCACAUCACAUCGUGAAGGUGGACGGAAAGAAAGGACUCUUCCGCGGCCUGUCGCCUCGCCUCGUGUCCAGCGCCAUCUCCACUGUGGUCAGGAGCAAGGUGAAGCAGAUAUUCGAGCUCGCCGUGCGGUGCAUGUUGCUCGACGCAGCAACAAACCAAGCCAUUGAAAAUAAUGGGCCUCAUAGUGCGGCAGGGCUGUCGGUGCGGGAAAUUAGUGAUCGGGCCGUCCUUUCGGCCUGGCAGUUAACCUGGGCUCGGUUCGUGGGUUUUGGAUGUCCUCUGUUACUGCUGGCGUAACUAACCCACGUGGCUGGCCUCCCGGGCUUCAUUGUCGUGGGGAGGAGUGAGGUUCGUUGAUUCUACGGAAAUAAAGCUUAAAAAGAAACUUGGUUGUUUAAAAAUUAAAAAUUGUGUGACUUAAAACGGUCUGAUAACUUUACAAACAAACAAAAGAAAAGAAUAACUUUCACGAAGGUUCUCCAGACCUCGCGGAUGUAGGCUGAGUAAGUUACUGUGAGACAAAGAAAACUUGAAAGUCGUGGCGCUUGCCGAGCUGGACUUCUUAGGACGUUGCUGGGAGACGGGAGCAUGCUGAUCGUGUCCGAAGGAACCGAAGAGAAGAGGGAGAGCAAGCGCGUGUCCCCGUGUUUUGUUUCCUAGGGCGUGUCCCAGGAGGAGGAGGGGGCUGUGUUUCCCCUGAGGACUUAUUUCAGGUCUCCUGAGCGAGGCUGUCCCUUAACUUUUAAUGUCUAUUUGCAUGUACUUCAAUCAAAUACCUUCCGACAAUCAAACCUUAAAUGUCAUAAAUACUUAUACCGUUCUUA